AUGCUGUCUCAAAAACUUGCCACAUUCGAGCACAACCGCCAAGCACAUGGCCCUCUUCCCGUAGGAGUAGCUCCUCAGGUAUUCUCACCAAUGUAUCGAUCCCAAGCCAACAAAUCCAAACCACUUUCAGAAGACUGGAGUCAUCACCUAAGCGAAGAGAGUCGCCAUCGACAGGCAUCAACGCUCAAGGCGUCAGCGAGUUCACGAAAAAUCACUCCCGUCUGCAAUCUUGGCGUCGCUCGGCCGGUGGCCUCAACAAUACCAUGGGGCUCCAUGCAAAUGGCGCUCAAGCCUGUCAUAUGCGACAAGGAUGCCGUCAUGUCAUGUGUUGAUGGUGAGACCUCGUGGGAUCUUGGCUAUGCACUCAACUAUGGACACUCAGCUGGUUCACCACAACUGCUUCGCUUCAUCACCGAACACGUGGAGCUUGUUCACGACCCACCUUACGCUGACUGGGCUACCAGCCUGAGCUGUGGCAAUACCAGUGCCCUAGACAUCAUCUUACGGAUGCUGUGUGAGCGUGGAGAUUGGCUUUUGUCCGAAGCUUACACGUACCCUGGAACUCUUGAAAUGGUCAAGCCGAUGGGCAUCAAGCUCCUCGGUAUAGAAGUGGAUGACGAAGGACUCUUACCGGACGUGCUGGACCAACAGCUGUCGAGUUGGGACUCUACACUUGGCCGCAAGCCAUCUGUCUUGUAUAUGAUUCCAUGCGGACAGAACCCGACCGGAGCCACGCAAAGCCUCGAGAGACGUCUUUCAAUAUAUGAGGUCGCAGAACGACACAAUCUUAUCAUCAUCGAAGAUGACCCUUACUUCUUCCUUCAGCUUGGCCAGCCAGACACUCCGCUCCCCACAUCAGCUGAUGGAUACCUCUCUGCUCUACCCAAGUCAUAUCUCUCUUUGGAUCGUUCUGGUCGAGUCCUUCGUCUUGACGCAACAUCCAAGAUCCUCUCCCCAGGCCUCCGAGCUGGCUGGGUGACUGGGAGCGAACAACUCAUUAACCAGUUCAUCUUUCACACGGAAUUCAGCACUACGGCUGUCAGUGGGCCAAGCCAGAUACUCAUGUAUAAGCUUCUUGAUGAGACGUGGGGACACCUUGGGUUUAUCGAAUGGCUACGGGAUCUCUCAAAAGGCUACCGCCAAUCCCGCGACGCUCUCAUCAAGUCGUGCGAGCAAUACCUACCACCUUGCUGUGUGUGGAGCGUGCCAACUUGCGGGAUGAUGGUGUGGAUACAUUUGGACUGCUCGCAACUCGUCCUAUCUUCCAAAGCAUCCUAUGCAUCCAUCGAGGCCUCCAUCCACUCUAUCGCUGUUGCCAAGGGUCUACAGUUCAGCAAAGGCAGCUGGUUCUCUACCAACAAGGAUCGAAGUGACGAGGUUGCUUUUCGGCUUACAUUCGCUGCAGCACCAAAGGAUUCAUUCAAUGCGGGUAUGAAAAUCUUUUGUGAUGCUGUAAAUGCGGCUCUCUCGGAWGCACCGCGGAAAACGAACGGAGACACAGAUUUGAAUGAAGAUCGCAGCGGCCGCAAGGACCGUGCUGUCUUGUGA